CUCAUGCUAUAGUGUUAUUAGGUCAACUUUUCUUCGAUUUUUCUUAUUCGUAACUCGGUAGUGUAAAUCGACAUGCAAAAGUUAUACCUCGAAUAUCUCGAGGAAUUUAUAUGUUAGCUAAAGUCAAAAGAGAAAGAUUAAUCGAUCAAGUUUUAUCGACAUACAACUAACUCCGGCAAUGACGGAAAACAACUGACAGGUAGAUAACAAUGAUGACUGUGUAUUCCGGUUUAUAUGUAUUUCUCAUCGAAGAAUUCUUGUUUGUGAUAUCGCCGAUGAAAAAAAGAAAAGAAGAAAUGAGAGAGAGAGAGAGAGAGAGAGAGAGAGAGAGAGAGAGAGAGGGAGAGAGAAAGAAAGAGAGAGAGAGAAAGUUCGCAGAAGGUGUUUGCGAUGGUUGCUGGCGUGGGUGCACGCGACAUCACGUGACCACUGUCAGGUUCAAUGACGACGACCGCGUAGAAUGGCCACGGCCGAGUGGCGCCGUUCUAAUGACGUUCCCCUGCUCUUUUCUUUUUUUUUUCCUUUUUCUUUUAAUUUUUUAUUCUCGACAGAUACUGGGACCCUCUACAUAAUGGCUUUCCCCACUGGCACCUGCCCUCUAUGCUGUCCGAUCGAUCUCGAUCGAGAUGUCGAGUAUCUUCUCUUCACAAGACGAAAUCCACACGUGGCCAAUGUGUUGAACAUAUUGAAUCCACUGUCCUUAAAGAGGAGUAAUUUCGAUAAGAGUAAUCCUACAGUCAUUUACAUUCAUGGAUACAGCGAGAGUGCACCAGGCGAAAGUUCGAAUGCCGUAAAAGAUGUCUAUUUGAAGCGUGCUGAUUACAACGUCAUUUUGGUCAACUGGGUAAGACUGGCGACGUUACCAUGGUAUCACACGGCUGUCGAAAACACAAGACUAAUUGGUCCCCAUGUAGCACGUAUGAUCAGCUGGUUGGACGCCCAGAGAGCGGUUCCAUUAUCAAAAAUUCAUGUUAUUGGAUUCAGUUUGGGUGCCGAGGUAGCCGGAUUCAUGGGCAAGGCUUUAGCUCCACGUUUGGUCGGAAGAAUAACCGGACUGGACGCUGCUUAUCCGUUGUAUAUGAAUACCGGAAGAGAAGGUCACUUGACAUCUACCGACGCGGCUUUCGUCGACGUUAUUCAUACUGACGGCGGAAUCUUUGGAUUUCCAAAUCCUUUAGGUCAUGCUGACUUUUAUCCUAACGGUGGUAAACCACCUCAGCCUGGAUGUAGCCUUGGGAAUAUCCUUCGUCGCGGUUUUAUGUUACUUAUCAGAGAAAAAAUCACCUGUGGCCAUUACCGAGCAUGGAUGUUAUAUGUCGAAUCCGUUAGAAAUCCCAUCGGAUUUCCAGCCAGUCGUUGCCCAAGAUGGAGACCGGAAAUCCAAGCAAACUGCAGAUGGACUCCGGAUGCUCUCAUGGGAUUCGCUGUAGAUCCGAAAACCAGAGGGAAGUAUUACUUGAAGACGAACGAACGCUCUCCAUUCGCACGAAAUGCAACGGGUUACAAUUUUUAAAUGGACGUUUCAUUUUCAACGAACGUACCUUAAAUUAUUAUAGUUUUAUCAUCGUCAUUUUGAUCUCAACGUAUUUCAUUUAAGAGUACAAACUUAAUGUUAAGUUACUUUUACAUAUCUUACGUUUAGAUUAAUACUCGACGAAACAUGAGGAUUGAUUAGAAAAAAAAAUAAGAAAAAAAAAGAAAGUUAUUGAGGAUAGACAUAUAUAUAGAUAGAUAGAUAGACAAAUAAAUAGAUAAAUCUCGUGUUAGAUAGUAACGUCGUUGCUUCGAAAAUCUUUAUCAACUUAAUAUCCUCGAAAAUAUUAUUUCAAGAUGUACCUGAAGCGAUUCUAAUAUAUCGAAGUUAUCGAGCUCAACCAUGUUCAAAAUGGGAACAAAGAAAAGAAGCUUUGUUCUGGCACCAUACUCGAUAUGAAUAAAUUAAGAGAAUCUCUUUCUCUUUCUCUUUCUCUUUCUCUCUCUCUCUCUCUCUCUCUCUCUCUUUCUUUCUUUCUUUAUGUAAGUAAGUUAAAAGCCAGAGAGAAAGAGAGAUAAAGAAAGAAAAUAUAGGUAGGUGGGUGUUUUCAAUGUUCGGAGAAAUUUACCAAAGAAACGCGCUUUAAUUCGGGUUAGAAAUAAUUAUCCUGGCAACAAUGGCGAGUACAUUCAGGGUACUAAGUCUUUCGUGAAAACGAUUUAUGCUAUAUACGCAGGUAGAUACACAUAUGUACGUACACACAUGCAUAGAUACCUAUAUACAUAUAUAUAUAUAUAUAUGUAUAUAAAUACACUACAUAUAUAUUAUAUACAUACAUACAUUACUUACGUAGGCAGCGGAAAAGCUGUGAGAGCUUAACAUUUACCAGCUCGAAAGCAAGUGGAUAAACUUGAAAGUAGUAAUAUUAUAGUGGUAGUAGUAAUAGUAGUAUUAGUAGUAGUAGUAAUAGUAGUAAUAGUAAUAGUAGAAAAAGUAAUCGAGCGUGAGAGAACGCCGUAAAGAUGUCGCGUGAGAACGAUCCUCCGAUUCCGAUGAUGAUAAAGCUACUGUGAUACUUAUUUACUCUUAGAAUCGAGUAAAUAAGACGUAGAUACAAGUAAAUUUAUGUAUCUAUAAACAGCGAUACCAAUGUAGAAACUUGAUAUUUAUUUCCUCUUUAACUAAAGAUAAUUAUUUUCAAAUUCGUUAGAAGUUAAGAUCAUGAGAGAAUAUAUUAAAGCGUAUUAUGAUUUGUACAUAAAACGUACGAAAUAGAGAUUGAUGAGAUUAAAGGGAUUGACAGAACAGAGGAAGAGAGAGAGAGAGAGAGAGAGAGAGAGAGAGAGAGAGAGAGAGAGAGAGAAACAGAUAGAUAGACAAAGAGAGAAAGAAAAAGAAAAAGAGAAAGAGAGAGAGAGAGAGAAAAUUAGUGUGCCAUCGAAGGAAAUAACCUGCAAUUUUCGUCCUAUUUCCGUACGAUGCGGGGCCUCCAUUCUCGAAAUAUGGAAAUCCCAAGGACGUGCUCUUUAUUAUUCCGUCUCUCUUAGGUUGAUCGAUAUGAUAGAACCUUAGAAAUUAUCGUUAAGUAAAAAAUGAGCCUAGAUUGUAAAGAGAGAUAGACACAUAUGUGCACGGAACAUACAUACAUACGCACGUUCGCACGCACCCACGUACGCAGAUAAACACGCACACUUGACAGAUGUAUAAAAAGAGACAGGAAGAGCGUCGAAAAAUUUCUAAAGUAUAAAUUUGGAAUCACGGUUAUGAGGAUAAUACAAAUGGAAAGGGACGAAAAAGUAUAGCUGGAUUGUUUCCAGGGCACUACUAUACACGUUCAAUGAUUUUCUGCUUUUAUUUUGCGACGAUCCACCAAGAAAUCGACGAAAUUUCCUGACGCUUGAGAUUUCUUCUCUACUUCGACUACUUCCUCUUAUUUUUCUUCGGCCGAGGAAAUGUUUACGCGGUUAAAAAUAACCUCGAAGAAAAAUGAAAAAGAACAUGAAAUCGAAUACGUCCUUGUAAAAUAUUAUCUUAUGUGUAUUUAUAAGUUACAUAUACAUAUA